AUGAAGCACUUUACCAUCAUGCCCUGUACUACCAUCACCCUCGUCUUCCUCUCCAUCAUUCUUCGGAGUUCUUACUUAGCAGAGGCCGAAAUGAGCUCCAGUGUUUCCUUGACAGACCGUGGGGACAAUGGGAGCCAAUGGCCAUGCCCUGAUGUGCAAUUCUGCCAGGAUGUCGCCAAUUGCUGCCAGCUCGGGGUAGACGAGUACGGCUGGAUUGCAGCUGCUGUUGGCUGGAGCCUCUGGUUUCUGACUCUCAUCCUGCUCUGCGUGGAUAAGAUCAUGAAACUCAGUCCCGACGAACCCAAGUAUUUGCAAGCAUGA